AUGAGGAUCGAAGAGGUGACGUCGACUAAGCACGCCCACCGGGUGGCGUCACACAGCCACAUCAAGGGCCUUGGAUUGAAUGAAGACGGUUCUGCCAAAGAAAUAUUCAUGGGCAUGGUUGGGCAGGAGAAGGCGAGAGAGGCGGCCGGCUAUGUGGUCGAGCUUAUCAGGUGCAAGCGAAUGGCCGGCAAGGCACUUCUUUUAGCUGGUCCGCCGGGAACAGGCAAAACAGCUAUUGCUAUGGCAAUCGCACAAGAGCUCGGACCCAAAGUUCCCUUCUGCCCGAUGGUUGCCUCUGAGGUUUACUCUACCGAAGUGAAGAAAACGGAAAUUCUCAUGGAAAACUUUCGACGAGCUAUUGGCAUCAAAAUCAAGGAGAUGAAGGAAGUGUACGAAGGACAGGUUAUGGAAAUGAUCGAUGAACCUUCUGAGAGCGUUCUGAAUGAUGAGACGGAGGAAAAGGAUAAGCGCGUCACGUCUCCGAUCAAAAUCACUCUAAAGACACAGAAGGGUUCCAAGACCCUCCGGCUGGCUCCGCAGAUAAAUGAAGGAUUAAAGCGACAGCAAAUUCGCGUUGGAGAUGUGAUCUACAUAGAAGCAUCCACGGGCAAUGUCAAGCGCGUGGGAAGGUCGGAUGACUUUGCAAUGGAGUUCGAUCUCGAUGCAGAUGAAUUUGUUCCUAUCCCCCGAGGCGAUGUGCAUAAGAAAAAAGAAGUUAUACAGGAUGUGACCCUCCACGACCUCGAUGCGGCAAACGCCCGACCGCAGGGAGGAAACGAUUUUGCUUCUCUUCUGGGGCAGCUGGCGAAGCCCCGCAAGACAGAGAUAACAGAGAAACUGAGAAUGGAAAUAAACAAAGUCGUGAACCGCUACAUUGAUCAAGGCAUUGCCGAGCUGGUGCCUGGAGUUCUCUUCAUCGACGAGGUCCACAUGCUCGACAUUGAGUGCUUCACGUACUUGAAUCGGGCGCUAGAGUCAUCUCUCACGCCGAUUGUCGUCUUCGCCACAAAUCGUGGAAUCUGCACAAUCCGAGGAACUGAGAUUCUCUCAGCCCAUGGCAUUCCUGUCGACCUUCUCGAUCGCAUGCUCAUCGCCAGGACGCUGCCUUACAACCUCGAGGAAAUUAAACAUGUAAUCCGAAUUCGUGCUAAAAUUGAGAAUCUCGAUAUGGAAGAAGAAGCCAUUACUCUGUUGGGCGAGAUCGGCGAGCGCACGUCUCUUCGCUAUGCUGUCCACCUGCUCACGCCUGCGUCAAUUCUCGCAGAGACUGAAGCGGAUGAGGAGGCGCCUGCCAUCACCCGUGAUCACAUUUUACGGGUGGAUUCCCUUUUCCAAGAUGCGCGGUCUUCUGCGCGCCGUCUUGCACAAGAAGCGGACUUUUUCGUGCAGUGA